CGCCGCCUCCGCCUCUCCCGCCGCCAUGUCGGACUAUAGCGCGGGCGGGCCGCCGCCGCCCUCUGCGGGGCCGCCGGGCGCGGGCGGAGGAGCUGGAGCGACCGGGCCGCCUAGUCAGGCAGGUGGAGGAGGCGCUGGUGGGGCCGGGCAGGCUGGGGGAGCGGCGGGUCCCGGGCCCGGCGGGAUCCGGAAAGACGCCUUCGCCGACGCGGUACAACGCGCCCGGCAGAUAGCGGCUAAAAUUGGGGGGGACUCAGCCACAACGGUGAACAACUCUACCCCUGACUUUGGAUUUGGUGGUCAGAAGAGACAGCUGGAAGAUGGAGACCAGCCGGAGAGCAAGAAGCUAGCUGCUCAGCCGGAGCCUUUGCCACCGCCCCCUCAACUUGGACCGAUUCAUCCACCCCCCAGGUCUACAGUGACUGAAGAGUACAGAGUACCUGAUGGCAUGGUGGGACUCAUCAUAGGCAGAGGUGGGGAACAGAUCAACAAAAUACAGCAGGACUCCGGAUGCAAAGUACAGAUCUCGCCAGACAGCGGAGGAUUGCCAGAGCGGAGUGUGUCUCUGACAGGAUCCCCAGAAUCGGUCCAGAAGGCGAAAAUGAUGCUCGACGACAUUGUGUCUCGAGGGCGCGGAGGGCCCCCUGGCCAGUUUCAUGACAACGCCAACGGGCAGAAUGGCACAGUACAGGAAAUCAUGAUCCCAGCAGGAAAAGCAGGCCUGGUGAUCGGCAAGGGAGGGGAGACCAUUAAACAGUUGCAGGAGCGAGCGGGAGUGAAAAUGAUUUUAAUUCAGGACGGUUCACAAAACACAAAUGUAGAUAAGCCCCUUCGGAUAAUCGGUGACCCCUACAAAGUACAGCAAGCCUGCGAAAUGGUCAUGGACAUCUUACGAGAACGGGACCAGGGAGGCUUCGGUGACCGAAACGAGUACGGUUCAAGGAUUGGCGGAGGAAUAGAUGUCCCUGUGCCCAGGCAUUCCGUCGGCGUGGUUAUUGGGCGUAGCGGAGAAAUGAUUAAGAAAAUACAAAACGACGCUGGAGUUCGGAUACAGUUCAAGCAAGACGAUGGGACAGGCCCUGAGAAGAUUGCCCAUAUUAUGGGUCCCCCGGACAGAUGUGAACAUGCUGCCAGAAUCAUCAAUGACCUCCUCCAGAGUCUCCGGAGCGGGCCCCCAGGGCCCCCGGGCCCAGGAAUGCCUCCCGGAGGCCGUGGCCGUGGCCGAGGCCAGGGUAAUUGGGGGCCUCCCGGAGGAGAGAUGACCUUCUCGAUCCCCACCCACAAGUGCGGACUGGUUAUCGGCAGAGGAGGAGAGAACGUCAAGGCCAUCAACCAGCAGACAGGCGCCUUCGUGGAAAUCUCUCGGCAGCUGCCACCCAACGGGGACCCCAACUUCAAACUGUUCAUCAUCCGGGGCUCGCCUCAGCAAAUCGACCACGCCAAGCAGCUUAUCGAGGAGAAAAUCGAGGGCCCGCUCUGUCCAGUAGGCCCAGGGCCUGGGCCUGGGGGGCCUCCCGGGCCAGCACCAAUGGGCCCCUUCAACCCUGGGCCUUUCAACCAAGGGCCGCCCACAGCACCCCCCCACCCAGGUGGGCCGCCGCCUCCACAAUACCCACCCCAAGGCUGGGGGAAUGCCUACCCCCAGUGGCAGCCGCCUGCCCCUCAUGACCCAAGUAAAGCGGCAGCAGCGGACCCCAACGCGGCUUGGGCGGCUUAUUAUUCGCACUACUACCAGCAGCCUCCCGGUCCGGUCCCGGGAGCGCCGCCCGCCCCCGCAGCGCCGCCCGUGCAAGGAGAACCACCACAGCCACCCCCCACUGGCCAGUCAGACUACACUAAAGCCUGGGAGGAGUAUUAUAAAAAGCUAGGCCAGCAGCCCCAGCAGCCUGGAGCCCCACCGCAGCAGGACUACACGAAAGCUUGGGAAGAGUACUAUAAGAAGCAGGCUCAGGUAGCUACAGGGGCAGCGGGGCCGGCAGCGCCCCCGGGCCCUCAGCCGGACUACAGCGCGGCCUGGGCAGAAUACUACAGACAACAAGCUGCCUACUACGGACAGACGCCCGGGGCCGGGGGCCCAGUGCCGCCUCCCACGCAGCAGGGACAGCAGGCUCAGUGAGUUGAAUGUGAACCUCCCCAUCUCUGAGAAUCUUUUUGUUUUUGGGACGAGAGGUGGCCACUGCAGGAAGCGACGGGGUGGGAAGGGAGCCGGCCUGUUGCUCUGAUUUGCUGGGCUUCUUCGGGGAAUCGUGGCCAACGCCGCCUUCAAGUCUCUUAAAGUAAAAUCCAAAAUCUCCAACCCCCCUAAUGUUGAGCCAGCAGCCGUAGAAGAUAGCCGACUAAAAAAACCGCUGCCGCCAGACCCCCACCCUGCCUGACACACACCUCAGUUUUCAGGGUAACACUUCCUCCUUUUUUCUUUCUGUUUCGUUAAAAAAAAACAAAAAAACUUUACAAGGAAAAGUCACUCUGCUUUUUAGUUAGAGUUGGAACAUUCCUCGGACAAAGGUGUUGGUGUUUCAGACGAACCUUCCCCCACCCUUCCAUUUCUCCACUGCUGGGACUGAUCUGUCGUGUUUUUUUGUCUGUUCAAGAGGAGAUUGAAACAAACAAUUGUAUGCUCAGUUUUUACUUUUUACCGCUCGUUUUUAACUUCACAAAUAAAUGAUAACAAAAAACAUCCCCCCUGUGUCUGCCGGGUGGUGUCUGUCUUUCUCUCUCUCUCUCUCUCUCUGUCCAUAGGGUUUUUUGAAGCUGAUGUUUGUUCACAAUAUAGCUGUUGUAAAAGCCUGAAUAAUGGUCAUGAAUUUAAAAGAGCUUCCUGUGUUUUUAUAGUUUGAGCAGGCAUUGUGCAUUUUUGUUGAAUAAAAUGCUUUUUUGUUUUAAA